UCCGCACCCCACCUCCAGCCAUGAGGGCCCUGGUCGCUGUGUGUCUGCUGGCGGUGGCCGCCGCCGACCAGACUGCCUCGGCGUCAGCCGGCGCUCCUCCCGCCGCCGGCCGAACCUACCAGGCGGCGCCGGUGCGGCUGCCGGCCGGCGCCGGCCGCCCCGCCGCCCCGGCCGACCCUCGUGCUGGCUACAGAGUCUCCCCGGGCGGCUUCAAGACUCCGGUGGGUGUGGGUGGUAUCCAGCCCGAGUACCAGUACCAGCCGUCGCCGUACGCGUUCGACUACGCCGUCAACAACUACGACUCCGGCGCCCAGUAUUCGGCCAACGAGAACAGCGACGGCAAGCAGACCACCGGCUUCUACAAGGUGGCGCUGCCCGACGGCCGCAUCCAGACCGUCAAGUACACAGUGGAUGACUUCGGCGGCUUCAACGCCGAGGUGUCCUACGAGGGCGAGGCGCGCUACCCGGAGCCGAGCGAGUACAACGUGCCCGUCCACGCCGGCUACAAGUCGGGUCCGUCUGUGGGAUAUAAGCCGGUGGCCAAGGCGCCGGUGACCUACAAGGCUCCGACAUACAACGCGCCGCCCAUCUACAAGACCAACAAGGCGCCCGAGGUCACGUUCGCUCAGGCGGCGCCGCCGGCGAAGUAGAGGAAAGUGCGGGGUGCUGAGCGGAAGGGCCCGGCGGUGGUCGAGGGAUGCUGUGAUGAGUUUUGUUUUGUCCCGGUGAGUGCUUUCAAUAAACAGUGUGUUGGAGAUGAUUA